AAUAAUGCAGUAAUAUACCGAGUUUAAUCAGUUAUAGAUAAAUAACGAUUAAAACAUCGAAAUUGAUAGACUUUUUUUUCAUACCCGACCAAUCACAUUGUUUUAAAAAUGGCAUACAGGGGAGUCCAAACUUCUAAGGUGUCUCCUGCAUACCUACACGGAAACAGUACCAGUCAUACUUUCGCUUUCAGUGCAGUUGCAGAACUUCUUGACAAUGCUUAUGAUCCUGAUGUGAAUGCCUCUGAGAUAUGGAUUGAUAAAAGAUCUAUUAAUAAUACUAUUUGUUUAACAUUUGUUGAUAAUGGAUAUGGGAUGGAUCCAAACAAGCUACAUAAAAUGCUGAGUUUUGGUUAUUGUGAAAAAGAAGCAGUUGGAAGUCAUCAACCAAUUGGCCAUUAUGGUAAUGGAUUUAAAUCUGGUUCCAUGAAGUUAGGGAAUGAUGCCCUUGUUUUUACACGUCAGGCUAACUACAUGAGUGUUGGUAUGCUGUCACAGACUUACUUGAAGAACAUCAAAGCAGAGACAGUUCUGGUUCCAAUAGUCUCAUGGUCAUUGCCAGAUAAGAUGAGAAGUAACACAGGAGAUGUGAAGAGUAAUUUACAAUCAAUACUUCAACAUUCCAUUCUAAAGACAGAGAAAGAUCUACUCAAUGAACUGGAUUCUAUGGAGAAACUCAAGACAGGCACAAAAAUAAUUAUAUACAACUUAGCAAGGAUAGGAAAUGGCAAUUUAGAGUUAGAUUUUGACAGUGACCCUUUAGACAUCAGAAAUCCAGAUACCCAUGUUAAAGAUUAUUCUACCAUUAACAGAAUACAAGCAGAAUCCAAACCACGAUACAAAGUUUCACUCAGGGAUUACUGCAGCAUACUUUAUCUUAAACCAAAAAUGAAAAUUGUUCUCCGGGGGAAGAAAGUGAAGACAAAACUUAUACAGAAAAGUUUAUCCCAGACAGAAAUAGAUACCUACAGACCAACAUGGGCUGAGAGACCAAUACCUAUCAGGUUUGGAUUUACAUCAAGUAAAAACAGUGAUGAUUAUGGUAUUAUGAUGUACCAUAAAAAUAGAUUGAUAAGAGCUUAUGAGAAAAUUGGAUACCAAAAACAGCCAAAUGAACUUGGAAUUGGUGUUGUGGGUGUAGUUGAUUCCUAUUUUCUUACUCCAAUACAUAACAAACAAGAUUUCCAGAGAGAUGAUAAGUACAGUGCAUUUAUGACGAAUGCUGCUCAAAAAUUAAAUGAUUACUGGAAUGAAAAAAGAGGAGGCAAUGAGAAGACUGUACCACAAAAUCAACAAACUGUACCUGAUUGGACAUGGGCUCAGUGUGAUAAUUGUUUACGGUGGAGAAGAUUGACCACAGGAAUGACAUCUGAGGAUCUCCCAGAUAAAUGGUUCUGUCAUAUGAAUGCAGAUGCUCAGUUCAAUCGAUGUGAAAUACCUGAAGAGCCUGAAGAUGAGGAGGAGGCACUGUCAGGAGCUACUUACAAGAAAACAUUUAAAAAACAACAACAAGAAAAUAAAAUAAAAAUAAAAUUUAUGGCUGCAGAACAAAAUAGAACACGAGAAAUGUUAUUAGCAGCAAAGGAAAAAGAACUUGCCAGAAAGGAACAAGAAAUGAGGAAGAAAACUGCUGUAGGAGAGGUAUCUAGCACAGCAGGUUCUUCAUCUGUGAAUCCAAACUCCAUGACUCCAGUUCAAAUCAGAAGGAUGAAGAAAGAUCUCGACAAACUGAUGAAGGAGAAGCAGAACAAAGAAAAAGAAAUAAGUGAACUUAAAAGACAAAAAACUAUGAGUGAAAGAAUUUGUCGUGAAUAUCAGAAAAAGGCACGACAUUUGAAUUUAGAUAAUUUAAUUUCAAGUGUCAAUAAACAGAUAGAGGAAGAUACUAAAGAUGUAACAUCAACAAGUGGGACAAUUCAGAUAAAGACAGAAGAAGGAGAUAUUGUAGACAUUAUACCUGUGGAAGAAGCAAGUACAUCAGGAACAAACAAUUCUAACAAAGUGGUAGAUCUGACAAUAGAUUCUGAGGAGGAGGACGGACCAUCAGCACCUAAGAUCUCUAGACGAGAAGAUGUUAAACCUGACAUAUCUAAAAUAAAGAUAGAACCUAAACAGGAACCGUCUAAAGUAGUAAAUAAUACUCAAAAUCAAAAUACUCAGACAGAUAAAACAGAGGACACUAAAACAAGACAAAGACUUCUUAAUUUACAGGUUAAUGUUCAUAAAUUGUUGAAAAUGAUUGUUCCCGAUGAAGAUCUUGGUAAACCAGAGAAUGUGGAGGAUAUUGUCACUGCUAUGAUUUUACACAACUCAUGAAUAUUUAAUUGUCACUAAAUUUUAUAUCAAGAAAAAAUUGAGAACAAAAAUGAUUUUCUAUUUAUAUUUAUAAAUUAUAGAAAUCAUCUUGAGAAGAAACGAUUCUCGAGGGUCAAUCAAUGACUUAUUUUACACAUUAAGCAUUCAGUAUAUUGUUUAAGUAUUUUUCUCUGCAUAAUGGAGGCUUACAAAAAAAAAAAGUUUGCAAGAUAAAGUAAUAUAAUUUUUCCAGGAAUAAAUCAAAGGUCAUUUUCAUGUCAGUAACAUAGAAAAAAACUUGCCUAUGUUUGCCUGAAUAAUGAAUAGAAGAAAAAAAUAAUACUAGUUUGGCACUUGUAAGUGAACAGAAUUUAUGACUGAAUAAUUUACAUGUAGUUCUGCAGAUUAAUAGAAUUAAAAUUUUAUUAAAACAGUACUACAUAUUCCAUGAAAUAUUCACUGUGAAUUUUAUUGUUACAUUUAGAAGAUUUAAUAAUAUUAACUGAUACUGUGUUGAAAUAGGCCAGAUUUCUGGAAAUAAUUUGCACUGUAAUAAGUUUUGUAUGUUACAUUUGUUAUGUUUUUAUUUUUUUUUAUCUCGAGCUAAUGCUUUUAUUGUUGAAUUGUUUAUUUCAUAUCAAGGUGAUUAUUUCUGGUAGCAACAUGCAUUUUAUUUAAUUGAUUUUACUCAUUGCGUUUUUAAGCUAGACAGAAUGUCUUGGGAUCAAUCAGUAUUACAUACCUAACCCUAACAAUGGGGUUUAAUUUUACAAAAAAUAAUCAGGCCUGGAUUUUUAUUGUUUAAUACAUUUUAUGAUUCAUAUAUCAAAGUAUGUCACCCUUAUCAAUGCUUAUUGUGGUUGGUGUUUGUGGUGACACAUUAAGCACCCUAAUGAUAAAAUUGACAACUUUGACAACUUGACUACAAAAAAACAUUAAAGCAUGUUAAACCCAUAUCAUGUGACCUUUUUGGUCAUUUAAAAAAGUAUGCCAUACAAUGAUAAGUAAUAUUGAUAUAUAGUAUCACUGGUACAUGUAUAAUAUUAAUUGCACUAACAAAUCCUUGCAUUUUAAUGUUCUUAUUGUUCAUUAAUAUUCUUAAUGGGACAAUUAACUUCUAAUAAGCCGAUAUUAUCAAUACAUUUGUAUGAAAGUUUAUAUUUGUCAUUAGAUAUAGGAAGAUGUGGUAUGAGUGCCAAUGAGACAACUCUCCAUCAAGUCAUAAUUUAUAAAAGUAAACCGUUAUAGGUCAAGGUACAAUCUUCAACAUGGAGCCUAGGCUCACACCAAAACAGGAAAAAAUCUGGAAAAACUAUCAGCAAUACCUUUUUAGCUCACCUGGCCCGAAGGGCCAAGUGAGCUUUUCCCAUCACUUUGUGUCCGGCGUCCGGCGUCGUCCGUCGUCGUCGUUAACUUUUACAAAAAUCUUCUCCUCUGAAACUACUGGGCCAAAUUAAAUAAAACUUGGCCACAACCAUCACUUGGGUAUCUAGUUUAAAAAUUGUGUCCGGUGACCCGGUCAACCAUCCAAGAUGGCUGCCAUUGCUAAAAAUAGAACAUAGGGGUAAAAUGCAGUUUUUGGCUUAUAACUCAAAAACCAAAGUAUUUAGAGCAAAUCUGACAUGGGGUAAAAUUGUUUAUCUGGUCAAGAUCUAUCUGCCCUGAAAAUUUCAGAUGAAUCAAACAACCCAUUGUUGGGUUGCUGCCUCUGAAUUGGUAAUUUUAAGGAAAUUUUGCUGUUUUUGGUUAUUUUCUUGAAUAAUAUUAUAGAUAGAGAUAAACUGUAAACGGCGAUAAUGUUCAGCAAAAUAAGAUUUAAAAAUAAGUCAACAGGACCGAAAUGGUCAGUUGACCCCUUUAGGAGUUAUUGCCCUUUAUAGUCAAUUUUUAACCAUUUUUCGUAAAUCUUAGUUAUCUUUUACAAAAAUCUUCUCCUCUGAAACCACUGGGCCAAAUUGAACAAAACUUGGCCACAAUCAUCAUUGUGGUAUCUUGUUUAAAAAUUGUGUCCGAUGACCUGGUCAACCAACCAAGAUGGCCGCCAUGGCUAAAAAUAGAACAUAGGGAAAAAUGCAGUUUUCAGCUUAUUACUGAAAAACCAAACCAUUUAGAGCAAAUAUGACUGAAAAUUUCAGAUGAAUCGAACAACCUGUUGUUGGGUUGCUGCCUCUGAAUUGGUAAUUUUAAGGAAAUUUGGCUGUUUUGGGUUAUUAUCUUGUUUAAUAUUAUAGAUAAAGAUAAACAGUAAACAGCAAUAAUGUUCAGCAAAGUAAGAUCUACAAAUAAGUCAACAGGACCGAUAUGGUCAGUUGACCCCUUUAGGAGUUAUUGCCCAUUAUAGUCAAUUUAUUACAUGUUUCAUAAAUUUUUGUAGACUUUUAGAAAAUAUUAUCCACUGUAAUUACUGGGCCAAGUUCAUAAUUGUAACAACAAGAAUGUUCAGUAAAGAUAGAUAUACAAACACAUCACCAUAAUCAAAACACAGUUUUGUUAUGAAUUUAUCUGUGUCCAUUGUUUAAUAUGCACAUAAACCAAGGUGAGCGACACAGGCUCUUGAGAGCCUCUAGUUAUAUAUUUUUUUACUUUAUGAAUUUGAGUGAAAGUAGAGAUCAAUUUAGGGAGAAAGACAUAAUACCUAUGGCAAAAUGUUUGUAUGCAAGUAGUGAAUGAGUUUAAUAUGAUUUUAUAGACAAAAUAUUGAUGGAUAUCUUUUCAUUAUACAUGUAGUCCCACAAAUGCUUUGCAAAUUAACAUAUAAUUCUUUCAUUUAGUGUCAUUUCAUUUCAUUCCAUUGAAUAGGUUGUGAUGUGAAUCUCAGGGAAUACAUUGUAAUAUUUAAUUCUUGUGUUAAAGCAUAAUAUCACAUUAUAUUUUAUAUUCACUGUUAACAAGUUGUUUUAAAAGAAACAGAACUCUUUUAUCUGAUAACAAUCAAAUACUUCUUUAUACAUUUACAUAUAUGACUUAUUUAUAAAAGCAAGUCCCGUAAGUUUUGGAAUUUUGAUUCAAGGAGAAAUGUCCUAGUUUCAUAUUUUCUCAGAAAGACUGCACCAUUUUCUGUAGAUUUUAUCAGAGCAUUGAUCAUUUUCAUUAGGACUUAUAAAUACCUGGUAUAAUUUUUACUAAACCUUGACCUCAUUUUUAUGGAGGUCUGAAUGAUAAAUACUGUAUUGCAUUUUUAAGCCCCAACUAUGAUAGUAGGGGGGCAUUAUAUUUUUUGGUCUGUGCCUCCAUUUGUUUGUUUGUUCGUCCAUCUGUCCCACUUCAGGUUAAAGUUUUUGAUCAAGGUAGUUUUUUUUAAUCAACUUGAAACUUAGUACACAUGUUCCCUAUGAUAUGUUCUUUCUAAUUUAAAUGCCAAAUUAAAUGUUUGACCCCAAUUUCACGGUCCACUAAACAUUGAAAAUUAUUAUACGAGUAGGGCAUCCGUGUAGUAUGGACACAUUCUUGUUUAAUAACUAUAAAGGGAUUUGAUAUGUGCCACAUAUUGUUUAUAUUAAUGUUAUAUCAUAAAAUGCAUAAAUAGUUAUGAAUAUUUAUCAUAUUUCUCAUCACAUGCUAUUUCAUUUCUAUUUAAUGUGAAUUAAGAAUUGGAUGCAUAUGCUGUAAAGCUAAUUGAUAUGAAGUUAAAAGACUAAAUACAAUAUAAAGAUAGGAACACUUCCACACUUUUUAAAAUGUGCAACUCAUUUGUAUUCAUAUUGCUUAAGGAAAUCCUAACUGACCACAAGGUGCUAAAACAGCUGAUUAUGAGUAAGCAAUUUUAUAUACAGUGUUAUGAUGACAUUUUGAAAUUUCUUGGAAAAUCUUAAAACCAACUUAUUGUUGCUAUAUUUACGUAGAACAUCUAUUUAUUUAUCUUUAAAAAUACUUGCUGUGCAUCAGUAAUGGUAAAAAAUUCAAAUAUUCUGAACAAAAAUAGCAUCGCAUAUAAUCUCUCAUGAUAGUUUCAUCAUCAUUAAGUCAAUACUGAUAGUGUUCAAACACGUGCUCUUGAAAGAAGACAUAUAUAGAAAUUGUGUUUUGUUAAAGUUUAAGUUUUAAUUAUGCAUUUUUGUCCAGGUUGCAUGAGGUGCGAAUUAUGUUAAUAGUAUGGUAAUUCAUUCCUCCUAUAACAUUCAAUUUCAAUUUUACGUACAAGCACAUCAAAACAAGUUCCCCAAAAUAACAUCAAAUAACUAUUUAUAUGGCUUUUCAAAUGACAAAAAAUUAGUAGUGCAACCUGGACAAUUUUGUCCUUGACCAUUUUUUAUAUUAUAAUAUUGCCAAAUUGCACAAAAAGUUAUUAUCUAGUCAAUAAAGGAUUUGAAAAUUGUUUUUA